AUGUUUAAAUCAAUUAAACAAAUUAAAUCUUCAAUUGGAUUUAUAACUACAAAUACAACAAGAAGAAAUUUUUGUUCAAAUAAAAUAGGUGGUUUUACAAUUAAAAAUGUUGAAGAUGAAUCAAAGAUUAAAAUAAAUAAUGAAAUUUCAGAGAUAGAGAAAUUACGUAAAAAAUUAUUAUAUCAAAGUAAAGAAAGAGGAAUGUUAGAAAAUGAUUUAUUAUUAGGUAGUUUUGCAACAUUAAAUAUUCAUAAACUUACAGAAUCACAACUUAGAGAUUAUAAUUUACUCUUACAACAACCAGAUCCUGAUAUUUUUAAUUGGAUUCUAAAAAAGGCUGAAGUCCCUGAAGAAUUUGAAACUGAAGUUUUAAAAUUAGUUCAACAUCAUUGUAAAAAUGAUCCAUUGGGUUAUACUAGAAAAUAA